AGAAGGAGAGCGAUAUGGAUGGGCUGGGACUAUGCCCUUACGAUCCACGGCACAACAGCACUGCGGUAUUCGUCGAGGGGCAGCUGUACGCCGCGACAGUGGCCGAUUUCUCUGGUGGCGAGCCGCUGAUUCACAGGGAGAAGAUCCGCACGGAGCGCUCGGAUCUGAACCAGCUGAACGGACCGAACUUCGUCAGCUCGUUUGCAUACGAAGAUUACGUUUUCUUCUUUUACCGUGAAACCGCUGUCGAGUACAUGAAUUGUGGCAAGGCGGUGUACUCGCGGGUCGGUAGAGUGUGCCAGCACGACAAGGGCGGACCUCAUGCGUUCAGCGACAGAUGGACGAGCUUCCUGAAAGCGAGGCUCAACUGUUCCGUGCCCGGCGAAUACCCUUUCUAUUUCAAUGAAAUACAGUCAACAAGCGAUAUCACGGAAGGUGUUUACGCCGGCGAUCGUGCCCGGUUGGUUUAUGGGGUGUUUACCACCCCCGUGAACUCGAUCGGCGGCUCGGCCGUCUGCGCGUUCUCCAUGAAGAACGUCCUCGAAGUCUUCCAGGGUGCGUUCAAGGAGCAGGAGACCAUAAACAGCAACUGGCUGCGAGUACUCCCGGAGAAAGUGCCCGAGCCUAGACCCGGGUCGUGCGUCAACGACUCCAGGACGCUUCCAGACGUGACCGUGAAUUUCGUGAAAGCGCACCCCCUCAUGGACGACGCAGUCCAGUCCUUCUUCUCAUUACCUGUGAUAACCAAAGUCAGCUUCAAUUACAGAUUUACCAAAGUCGCCGUGGAUCCUCAAGUGAAGGCGUUGGAUGGCAAGGCCUACGACAUCCUGUACGUCGGGACAGACGACGGCCGAGUUCUCAAAGCGCUCAACACUCGCGCGCCGGAUUCUCUGAGCAACGUUAGCCAGGUCAUCGUCAGCGACGUUCAAGUGCUGAAGUAUGUGGAGGCUUCAAAGGAUCUGUUGGUGGUCCACCUGGCCGGCGAGGCGAGCAAGUUGGUCGUGUUUGCUGACUCCGAAAUUCGCGCUGUUCCACUGCAUCAUUGCGACGCGCCAGGGGCGGCCAGCUGCGCGUCUUGCGUGGCCCUUCAGGACCCGCACUGUGCAUGGGACGCCACGAAGAAUCUGUGUGUGGCCGUGUCGACCAAGCUGCACGAUAGCGACGCGGACAAAACCCUGUUCCAGGACAUUAUGAACGGGAAACACAAGGGCUGCGGCUUCGAGCAAGAGAUGGCGAAGCCCGUGCAACCAGCGGUACUGCCCGAAAACGGGCGAGGCGAGCAGCCCGAUGAACGGGACAAUGAAAUCGUCAUCGAGCUGGAUCGAGAAAAUCAGUACGGUCGUACGCAGCCACGAGCUAACGAGCCUCAAGACGUGAUCGCGACACCGGUGGUGUACUCCGCCCAGACUCUGACCGGUGCCCUGAUAGGGACCUGCUUCUUCUCUCUGGUAGCCGGCUUCGCUUCCGGUUUCUGGUUCUCCCAGAGGCUACGCGGUGCCCCGUACCCGGAACCGUCAGAGCAACGACAGCAGCUGAACCGACUGACGGAAAGCUCCGAGUCGCCUGGCUUCAACAACAAAUCCAUCAACCUGGUGCUAAAUGUGCCGCCUAAGAACCCUAAUGGCAAGAACGCCAACUCGUCGGCGGAGAACAAGCCGGUGCAGAAGGUGAAGAAGACGUAUAUAUGAUAUAGAAGACGAAA